UGGUCAAAGAGAGUCUCUGAAUCUUAGACAUAGAAGUGACAUCUGUUGUAAUUCCCACUCCGUUGCUAUGGAUAUGGAUAACCUACCUCCCCCGUUAAUCCUCGAAAUCCUCAGCCGACUAGCUGACUCAACGGAUCUAGCUCGUUGCCGAGUCGCGUCGAAAACCCUGAACGCACUCUCUCGCGAUGUCCGAUCCAUCAAUCUCUACUGCUCCUCCGAUCGUUACACCAAGUCCCGAUCUCCUGAAACCCGGGAUUCCAUUACACCCUUCAAGCGAAUCUUCAAUAAACUGAUUUCUGAGUUGAGCAUUGUGGAAGCCGUUUCCAUUGGGGUCGAUAAACCUUUCGGAAAGGUGUCUUACGGCGAUGCGACACCGUUCGGAAUUGCGAAUGAUUUGUACUUGACGGAUGUUAAUUUUGUUGCCCACUGGUUGCCUAAGGUUAACCAAAACUUGAGAGCUCUUUCCAUAUCGGACCUUUGGGUUCAGUCUCGUUGGCAACGAUCAAAUGUCCUUGCUCUUAUCUCUUCCUAUUGCCCUCAUCUUCUUGAAUUAGAGAUUAAGAAUUCUUGGCUGUCCGUGGAUGGUUUGCUUCUGAUGCCCAAGCUUACAACUUUGACACUGGAAUUUAUUACGUUGUAUGAUGAAAACCUAGACAAGGUGAACCAGUGCUUCCCAUAUUUGCAAGUUUUGAAUCUGAUUGGGGUCGAAGGACUUAAAGAACCUAAGAUUCAUCUCGAGCACCUCAAACAUUGUCAUUGGACAGUGUCAAGCGGCCCACGUUAUUUGACUAUAGUUGCACCCAAACUUGUCCAACUCAACCUUCGUUGUGUGAAGCCAAAGAUGCUUGUUAUUGAUACCCCAUCCCUGUCUUAUCUACACCUCACUCUCCAGGGAGCACGCAGCCUCAAAGUGCAAGAGUUUCACAACUUGGAUACCCUGCAUCUCGUGUCACCCGACCUUGGCAACCUGCUUUGCUCAUUUCAAUUUGGUAGAACCGUUAACAAUUUAGUGUUGGGUGCAAAAAAUCGAACAGAACUAUUAGGACAGAUAACAUUUUGCUUUGAAAUGCUGUUUGUUGAAUUUCCUAAUGUUAAAUCUAUCACUGUAGCACCUCAAGUUUGGGCAGCGUUUCAGUGGAACUUUUCUGUUGGUGAUUUAGAAUUAGAAGUGAGGACAUAUCCCAAGGGGUUGAAGGAGAUUACUGCAUAUUUGAUGAUGCUUAAUGUUGACAUGACGUUAAAAUUCAUUUCCCAUAUAGUGAAUAGUUGCACUAGCUUAUGUGACAUGGCAUUGUUUAUUCCCCGUGGUCUUCGCUCUAAUGAUGCCAGCGACUUCAUAACAAAGUGCACUGCCCAAUGUUCGAAGGUAAGGUUGAGAUGGGGAACAUGGAAAGAAGGAACAAAAGAUGCCUGGAUUAUUGAUGGCGUGUAGUCAUUCAGACUGCCUGAAGCUUCUUUGCAAUUAGAAAGAAGAUUGAUUUAUCUGUUUGGAUGUUCAACACUACUCGACAAGAACAUUGUUUCCUUCAAGUUUGGUGUAGUACUAUAAUCUCACGGAUUACGGACAACACUAAAGCAGUAGAAACGCAAAAUUUAGCCUGUACUGUUAGUGCCAGGGUAAGCUUUCUGGUUGGUUGGUUGGUUUUUCGCUGGCUUCAUUUGUUGCAUCUUUGGCAGAGGCAGGCUCAAGAUUUGGAAGUUGGGGGCACCAUUGUCGAAUAAAAAUUUAAGCAAAUGCUGGAGUAGGAAUCGAACUCCGGCAGCGCAUUAAAAGUCAAGUUGUUGAUGUUAUUUCUAUAGAAGAUGAUGACUGGUGUUCUUAAUUGUGAUCGGUUUUGUGCCUAAAGUAAAACGUCAUGUCAUCGUUGAUGCUGUGAAUUAGUACCCCGAAAGUUAAGCUUUUGCCACUAAAUUUUUUCUAUUGCUAUAAAAUUCGAAAAAUGUAGAAUUAAGUAGCUAAAGAAAUCAAUUGCAUUCUGUGAAAAAAAACAAAUAAAUUGCUUUCGCCUCCAAUGUUGGUUGAUGAAUCUUUGUAGUUGGUACCAUUCAAAUA